AGAGUAUUGGCCCUCACCGAAAGCAAUGAUGAUCAAACAUUCUAUGCCGGCUACAUCCAAGGGAUGUUGUCUGCGACACAGGCUUACGCUCCUGGAGUGACUGGUGUUUGGACUUCUGUUCGUUCUGUGCCGAACGGAUCUGAGCCAGCUUGGGUAGUCUUUCCCGGUUCAUACGUCGUAGAUCGCCAAUACUGGCAACCGGGAGAGCCGAAUAUCUACCCGAACUAUGAUGGUGACUAUUCACUUCAUUAA